AUGGGGGUCUCCCACGUUUACUUCAAAUCUUCUGCUAUUGUUUUUAUCCCUAAAGAAUACUUUAAUCGCAAGUGGGAAAGUUUCAGGCCAAUUAGUUUGACAAUUGUGAUCUCCAAGAUUAUAAGCAAAAUCAUUGUUUGUAGACUCCAACAAAUUCUUGAUGAGUUGAUCAGCCCUCAGCAGACUACCUUCAUUUCAGGCAGACGUAUUUAUGAUAGUAUAUUGAUUUCUCAAGAAUUAAUCCAAGAUUUGGAUAUCAAAUGUAGAGGUGGCAAUGGGAUGCACAAAUUAGAUAUUUCCGAGGCGGAUGAUACAAUCAAAUGGGAAUUUAUUCUUACUGUUCUUAAUGCAAGAGGCUUUACUAAUGAUUUCUGCACUCUAGUUUCUAAUUUCCUAGAAAAUAACUUCUAUUCUUUGAUUAUUAAUCGAGAUAUGCAUGGCUAUUUCAAAGUUGGGAGAGGAAUUGAAUAG